UACGCUUCAGCCUAGUUUAACGGAAGUAAACAACCUUGACAAGAGAAGGAAAAUUUCUUUAGAGUUUUCUGUGAAAUCUGGUCCCGUUUGAAGGCUCCAGUAAGUGCGGAAUAAGUUUGUGAAAUUCCAGGCGAAAUGGAUAUCGAAUACCCGUAUCAGAAGGAACGCCGCGAGUUCGGACGGCAGUGUCUGUUUUCCGACAAGAACAAGGUCGAGUUUUCGGAAGCCGCCAACCAUGAGUUUUUCAAGGAGUACAUCCUUCGGGAUCCGGUGGACGUCGGGACUCAAUACAGCAAUCAGAUGGCUUUGAGCGAGGUCAAUACGGAAAGCGCUGAAUAUGAAAACCGUGGGAUAUUGCAUUCGGAGGGUGGAUGGCCUAAGGACGUAAACUACUUGGAUCCCGAGCAAACGGUUCGGUAUCGGAGAAAGAUUGAGAAGGAUGAGAACUACGUUAGUCAGCUGACGUCUAUGAUGAAACCGAUGGAGCAUUGUAUCUAUCAGAACAAUGCUGUAAAUAUCUAUGAGAACUAUUUCGAGGGCUUGGACCCCGCACCUCUCAUGGAGAAGAGCAGCUCGAGAACUUUGAACGUUUACCGAGAUCCCUCAAUCUACAAACAGCCCGUAACUCAUUUAUCAUGGUCACCCGAUGGUGGCUCAAAAAUUGCAGUCUCUCAUUGUAAUCUAAACUUUCAAGAAACAUCAGGCAAAGCCGUUUGUUCGUACAUCUGGGAAAUCGAGAACCCGAAUGCUCCAUUGCUCAGAUUUACUCCCCACAGUUCCAUAAUUUGCCUGGAGUACAAUCAAAAGGAUCCCACCACGCUGGUGAGUGGCAUGUACAACGGGCAAGUCGCCGCAUGGGAUACCAGAAACGUAAAGGCUCCGGUCAUGAUCAGCGAACGGGAGCACUCGCACAGGGCUACGGUGAACUCGACCUUGUGGAUCAACUCCAAAAGUGGAACGGAGUUCUUUUCCGGGUCUUCGGAUAGCCAAGUGAUGUGGUGGGAUACACGGAAACUCUCGCAACCCAUAGAUACUCUGCUGAUGGAUCCCGUCAAGUCGGAUGAGCAGGACCUGUCGCGUUCGUAUGGUGUCAGUUGCUUGGAGUAUGAGACUUCUAUUCCUACCAGGUUCAUGUGUGGGACGGAACAGGGAAUGCUGUUUUCCUGCAACCGUAAGGGCAAAUCACCACAGGAGAAGAUUGUUUAUAGGCUUCCAUGCCACACCGGACCGAUUUACUCCCUGACCCGUAAUCCGGCGUUCGUUAAAAACUUCCUCACGGUUGGCGAUUGGAUUGCUCGCAUUUGGUCCGAAGAUUGCCGGGAAAGUUCCAUCAUAUGGACGAAACACCACUCGGUGAUGUUAACCGAUGGCGUUUGGAAUCCGACCCGUUACUCGAUAUUCUAUGUCAGCCGCGUGGAUGGUGUUCUGGACGCAUGGGACCUGUUGCAGCAACAAAGUGACCCCAUUCUGAGCAUCAAAGUUUGUGACGAGAGCUUACGGUGCUUGCGUGCUCACGAGGGCGGGUAUUUGGUUGGAGCCGGUAGCAUUAAGGGGGCUACUUUUCUGCUGGAAAUGUCCGACAAUAUGACGUCCAUCAAGAAUGAUAAACCAUUAUUGACGGCGAUGUUGGAACGUGAAAACCGGCGCGAGAAAAUAUUGGAAGCGAAAUCACGUGAAAUGAAACUCAAAGUUCGAAGUUUGCACCGACAGGAGGACAACGUUGACGACAAGCCGAAGUUAUUCCAGUGCCAAUCUGCGUGCGAAGCUGCUGAACAAGAUUUCCUUCAGACGCUAGAGAGAGAAAGGAAAGCUCGUUCUCCGGAAGAAUAUGAUCAAGAGUAUGAUCCACGAAAAAUCGCCGAACAGGAACAGAUGAAGGAAGCCCAAUCAGAUGAAGAUAUGCUUGAAUAAAACAAUCAAUUUAAAAUUUAUUGUGAGGAUUUAUGGUUUACACAAUAUGCUUAUCAACGACUACUGAAACGACGUUUAUUACAAAAUAAAGCUGAUUGAUUCGA